AUGGCCCUUAGACAUAUUUCCAACGAUGAGUCACCCAUUUCAGUGAUGACAUGGCUACAGUGUGCCAUGCUGGCACCUGCAACGACAUUGUACCUUAUUUGGUCCCUCCAUCUCUAUUUAACCCUAAUUCUCUUUGCUCCUUCCUUUUUUAUGGUAACUUCUAGUGCUUUUUCCUCUUUUUUGUCAUUCUUCCUCGAUCACAAUAACCUCACCGAAGCUAUCCCUGUCACCUUCAACGGUCUUAAGAACUUGAAGAGGUUGGAGCUUCUAUCCAACAAGCUCCAGGGUUUGGUUCCUCCAUACAUGAGUCUCCUUAACAAACUUAAUUAUCUCCACGCUAGCGACAAUUUUCUGAUAGGAGAAUUGUCAAUGCUGGCUGCUGGCUUCCCAGGUUCUGAUUUUGAUGAGGAACAACAAAUUGAGCAAAGUAAUAAAACUAGGAGUGUUGAAAAACCUGCAGCAUUUGCAGGAUUUGAGAAGAGCGGAUUGAUCGCGGUAGACAUAAGCAACAAUAAGCUUAGGGGUACUUUGCGAUGGUUCAUGGCGUGGAUGCCUAAGCUUUCAGCAUUAUUGCUAGAGAACAAUAAGUUGAGUGGCAUGAUACCAAGGGAAUAUUAA